ACUCAUACAACUCACUGUAUAUAAACCCCACCUCACAAUCUUCUUCGUCGUCCCACACCUGAAUCAAAAUUCAGAGGAACACAAUGAACACCACCAUGAUUCCAGCCCUCAAUCUCACCAACCUGCCCGCAACAGCCUCGUCCUUGUUCUCCGCCUACGCAUCCUUGGCCGCAUUCCUCAUGUUGGCUCGUUCCAUGGCGGACCAGCUCAUCCCCCACCAGCUCCGCUCCUACCUCCACUCCCUCCUCGGCUACUUCUACACUCCUAAAUCCUCCAACCUCACCCUCAUAGUCGACGAGAAGUCCAGCAUGAACAAUAACCAAGUCUACGAGGCGGCGGAGGUCUACCUCCAAACCAAGAUCAGUCCCCUCAACGAGCGUCUAAGGGUCAGCAAAACCCCUAGGCAAAAGACCAUCAGCCUUGCCAUCGAGAAAAAUGAGGAGAUCAUGGACUCUUUCGAGAACAUCAAGCUCAAGUGGCGCUACGUGUGCACCGAAAGCAAGGAUCAUGGUAGUGAUAAGCGUCACUUUGAGCUAACGUUCGUUAAGAAGCAUAAAGCGUUGGUGGUGGAAGCAUACUUGCCAUAUGUGUUGGCUCGGGCCAAGGCGAUUAACGAAGAGGAGAAGGUGCUCAAGCUCAAUUCGAGUCACUCAGGUUCGAUAGAUCUUGAGCACCCUUCGACUUUUGACACAUUGGCUAUUGAUCCGGAGCUGAAGAGCAUGAUCAUGGACGAUUUGGAUAGGUUUGUGAGCAGAAAGGGGUUCUAUAAGAGGGUUGGGAAGGCUUGGAAAAGAGGGUAUUUGUUAUAUGGUCCGCCUGGUACCGGCAAAUCUAGCUUGAUUGCGGCCAUGGCUAAUUACCUCAACUUUGAUGUGUAUGAUUUGGAGCUUAGUACCAUUCACAGCGACUAUCAUUUAAAGAGGACACUGCUGGCUACUUCAAAUCGGUCCAUCUUGGUGAUCGAGGACAUUGAUUGCAGCGCUGAAACCGAAAACCGGGAGACAGACAGCCGGGUUCAACGCUCUAACAAUACGUUUUCGCUCUCUGGCCUGCUCAACUUCAUAGAUGGUUUGUGGUCAAGUGUCGGUGAUGAGAGAAUCAUUAUCUUCACCACUAACCACAAGGAUCGGUUAGACCCUGCAUUGUUGCGACCUGGACGAAUGGACGUGCAUAUUCACAUGUCGUAUUGCACUGCAAGCGGGUUCAGGAUCUUGGCCUCUAACUACCUUGGCAUUCAUGCGAGCAACCCUCAUCGGCUCUGCGGAGAAAUUGAAGGGUUGAUAGAGAGCACAAACGUCACCCCUGCCGAGGUUGCUGAGGAGCUGAUGAAGAGUGAUGAUGCAGAUGUUGCUCUACAAGGGCUUGUCAAUUUCCUCAAAAGAAAGAAAGCGGAGGUUGAGAGCAAUAAGACCAAGGAUGGAGGGACUGAUAAAACUGAAAGUCAAGAAGAAGCAAAAUAAGAUGCAUAAAAAUGGACCUUGAUGAUGAACUUGCAUCUCCCCUUGCUUCAGAUCCUGAAGCAUGUUCCAAAAUCCAAAUUAAACUUAAUUCAUUGAGGCAUUGCGUUUUCUCUCGAACAAUGAUAGAGAGAAAAAAAAAAAACAGAUAUUGGGAUUAACUGAACGGAAGCCCAAAGUGCUAAUGGGAGUAUAUCUUGAAUGAAUUCUGAUGUAAUGGCUCACUUGGUGUACCUAACUCAAGAAUGAACAGAAAGGAGCACCUCCGCUUUUGAUCU